CGAAACACCUGAGGCUGUCUAACCAGCAGGGGGCAGCAGCGGCCGACACGCCGCUACAACUUCCGGGUGAAGCAGGUGACGGGUGGAUGUUGUUGUCCGGCGGCUCAAGCUGAUCUCUUGCUUCUCCGACGGCCGUACCUCUUGCUGACCCCCUCCAUGGCCUCCAGGCGACCGGACAGCUUUGACGGGCUCGUCUACCGCGGCCGAGAUGACCCAAACUACGGCGCGGGAUACCCCCUGCGCAGCGCCGGCGGCCAAGGGGAGGCGUACCAUCACCAGUGGGUCACCACGCCGCCAGACAUCCCCGGCAGCCGCAACCUGCAGACAGGCGAGCGGACACCGCUGUACGACGAGCCGCCGGGGGAGUCCGUGGGUCCGGGAGGCCCUCGCGAGUGGGACGCGGCGCAGGCUGGCGGGCCGCCGGCUGAACAGCUGAAUCGCUUCGCUGGUUUUGGGAUCGGCCUCGUCAGUCUGUUCACAGAGAACGUCCUCACUCAUCCCUGCGUGGUCUUCCGCAGACAGUGUCAGGUCAACUAUCACGCGCGCUGCUACCACUUGACGCCGUUCAGCGCCCUCGCCGUCAUGUACUCCAUCAGCAAGUCGCAGGGUCCCCGGGCGCUGUGGAAGGGGAUGGGGAGCACCUUCAUCGUGCACGGCGUCAUGCUGGGAGCGGAGGGCAUCAUCAGCGAGGUCACGCCGUUACCGCGGGAUAUUCCUCAUCGUUGGAGCGCCAAGCAGCUGGUGGCUCACUUCCUGCUCAAAGGCUUGACCGCGGUGGUUGCACUUCCAUUCUACUGCUCCAGCCUCAUUGAGACCGUGCAGAGCGAGAUCGUGCGAGACGACUCGUCAUCGGGGCUGCUGGAUUGCAUGCGUGAAGGUUUGGCUCGCCUGCUGGGUGUGGGCGCUCCUCACAGUCGCCGCCUACUCCCCCUCAGCUGUCUGAUACUUCCUGCCAUCGCACACGCCGUCCUGCGCUACGCCAUCGCUUCCUCCGUACAGCGCGUGGCGCUCUGGCUACACAAUCGCAACAAGAAGGGGCACCAGGGCCCGUCGGACCCGAUAGAAGCUCACUUCCCCGAGCUGGCGGCGGCGUGGCUGGGAUCGCUGGUGGCGGACGUGGUGAUGUUCCCGCUGGAGACGGCGCUGCACCGUCUCAGCCUGCAGGGCACGCGUACCAUCAUCGACGCCACCGACGGGGUGACGGCGGAGGGAAACGGCGGCAGCCCGCUGGUGCUGCCCGUCAACACGCAGUACGACGGCUUCGCCGACUGUCUCCACGCCAUUCGUCGCAAAGAAGGCUGGCCGGGCUUUUACCGCGGCUUCGGCGCGCUGGUGGCGCAGUUUGCACUGCACGGCGUCUUGCUCGCCGCCGCGCGGACAAUUCUUAGACUGCUCCUGCUGGAGGGUAAAGUCAGCUAGAGGCGUCGCCACGGAGACGCGACGUCCUGGGCCUCUCACCGUCACCGUGGCAACAAGAAUAUAUUAACACAACACAUUGCUAUCUUAUUUUAGCUUAGCACAAAUACUUGCGGAAACAUGAUGUCAGUCCCUGUUUGUGUGUAUGCAUGAAGCCAAGAAACUUGUUAAGUUGAGGAUUUUCUGAUCAAAUUAAAAUGUAUUUGUUGUCAAUAUCAAAUAAAAGACAUUUCAUCUUGAUUUCGUUUGCAGCUUUACUGUUUAUAAAAAAACGAGUAUAAACUACAAGUGUAGCAGAUGUGGGCGUUUUUGUUAAGGCGGAACAUUUGUGUCGGUGUUUGUGGUUUCCACACGGACACUUCCUCUUGAUUUUGUUUGUAGUGUAACCUAUUUUUAUGGACUUGCCUAUUUGUGAUGCUAGUGUUGUUGUUGUUGUUGUUGUGUGAGUGAGGCUCUGUAUAUUUGAUGGGACAGUUUAAUACGUCUUUUGUUUAACCGUCUGUGUUGUUUUUGCACUUAUCUUGUUAUGUUGUUGAUGUUAAGUAUUUAAUGUAGCCCGGCUAGCUCAGUCGGUAGAGCAUGAGACUCUUAAUCUCAGGGUCGUGGGUUCGAGCCCCACGUUGGGCGCAAUCUUUUAUCAUGAAUGUGGACCCCGAUUUAAACAAGUUGAAAAAUGUAUUCGGAUGAUACCAUUUAGUGGUCAAUUGUACGGAAUAUGUACUGUAAUGUGCAAUCUACUCAUAAAAGUUCCAAUCAAUCAAUCAAUAAGCUGUUGUACAGUAUAUGUCUUGAGCUC